CCCAUUUGCACCUCACAAAAAUUCAAAAAUACCAGUUCUCCUCUCUGAUUCGCUGCCUGCGCGCUGUGCCUGAGUCCUUCGCAGUCAAAGAUGGGGUGGCCGAAGGGGAGACCGAGGAGAACCAAGCGGCUGACGCGGAUGGACGCGGCGGUUGACGCGAUGCUGCCGUUCGGAUUUUCCGAAGCUACGGUGAAGAAUCGCGUGAAGAAGCUGCUGAAGGAAUAUGGUGGAGAUGAAGGAUGGCCAUUCAUUGAAGAAUCGGCAUAUUCGGUACUUAUUGAGUCCAUUCUUGCAAAUAUGAAUGACGAUGAGCAAACCCAACUCGAAGAGAAAGAUGCGCAGAAUGGACUAUCUGAGCCUGUUGGAAAUCAAGAAGCAAAUCAGCUGUCCAACAAAACCUAUGGCGAUGAGGAACCUGGCUGCAGCCGAGCUUUGGAUGCUCAAGAAGACAUUCCAUCAGAUAUUGUGGAGCUCCCCUCAGAAGCAGUUGCAGAGGUUACACCACUCCCAUCAUCAUCAACACCCCGAGACAGCAAUUCUCUGCUGCUGCUAGCCAUGAAACGGAAGAUUAUUCUUGAUGAUGAUGAGGUUAUCGUUUCUAAACCAGCUGCAUCAGCGGCCAUGGGAGAGAGAGCCACCCUAAAUCCUAUUGUAAAUCAAGAAGCUAUUCAACUGCCAGACAAAACCCGUGGCAAUGAGGAACCUGGCUGCAGCAGAGCUUCUGAUACUCCUGAAGACGUUGUUCCAUCAGAUAUCAUGGAGCCCCCCACAGAAGCAGUUGCAGAGGCUACACCACUCCUAUGCUUAUUACCUCCUCAAGACAUCACUCCUCUGCAGCAGUCAGCCAUUAAACGGAGGCGCUUCCCUUGCUAUGGUUGGAUCGACAGCGAUGGGGAUGAUGAAGAUAACGAAUUCAUCAUUUUGACACCAGCUGUAUCCACAGUCAAGGGGAAGGGAGCCACUCCAAAGCCUGUUGGAAAUCAAGAAGCGAUCCAACUGUCAGACAAACCACAUGGCGACAAAAAAACUGGCUGCAGUCGAGCUCCUGAUACUCAAGAAGUCGUCGUUAUUCCAUCAGAUACCACCGUUGCAGAGCUAACACCGCUCUCAGCUCCAUCACCACCCGGGGUCACCACUCCUCAGCUGUCACAGCCAGCCAUUAGACGGAAACGCCUCCCUUGCUAUGGUUGGAUCGGGAUCGAUGAGGAUGAUGAUAAUGAGUUCAUCAAUUUAACACCAGCUGCAUCAAAGGCCACGGGAGAGAGAGCCACUCUGGAUGGGAUUGCAUGGACGAAGAAACGCAGGUCAAGAUGGGAUGUCAAGCCCGGUGAUCCUUAGCCGGUUAGGCAUUCAAAGCUCUCAUCUAGUCCAUAAACUGGAUUCAUGUAAAUGUAUAACCUCAUUGAAUGACAAAUUUUAACUGAUUAUUCAACAUGAUGUUUGCUUUUUGUGAGUA